CUCCGCUCAACAAGUUCUGUCGUGUUUUUCAAUUAAAAUUACACUUUUCGAAUCAAUAAAGUGAUUCAAUUUGUUCAGUGAAUAGUUUCGAAUCACAAGUGUACCGAAAUUGGUUGGAAUUUAUCUAUUAUAGCAAAGAACUCCGAAAAAACCACUUGCCUUCACCCGGACUUGACCGUUUAUUUUCGUAUGUACAGUGAAGCGUGAAGGUUUUUGGCCACCCGUACACCGUGGAAGGAAAUGGCUCCCGUAGUGGAUAACAAUCAGUUCGAGCUUCCGACGGUGCUGGAAACUCCGGGCAAGAAGCGGAAACGCAACGCCGACACCAAUCCGUUCCUGUCGUUCUCGGAUCAGACGUUCAGCAUCCCGUCGUCGACUCCGAUUCACAACAAGCAAAUCGAUGGAAGUGCCUUCGAGAACCCGAGCUUCCGCUUCGGGGCCACCGGUAACGAUAACGGAAGCAACAAGGAGAACUAUAACAUCUUUUCCGAUUCGUGCAUGGAGGUGAAAUCGAUUGCGGAGCUGGCUGCGGCCGUUGGAGAGAAUCCAUUCGAAGUGGUCCGGAAGCCACCGAGCAAGAAACAGAGGAAGGUAGCGGAAAUUGAGGAGAGUUGUUUCGUCAAUCCUGGGCUUAAUUUGGAUGCGGUGGAUAAGCCGGCCGUUAAUCCGUUCGAGGUGGUCAGGGCUGACGAUUCGUCGAAGCAGGAGAACGAAUCGUGCUUUGUGAACGGAGGAUUGAACAUCAAGAGCAAAGAGUGCGGGGAAGUGGUUAAUCCGUUUGAGAUUAGUCGCCCAGGCGGAAAGGGACCUGAGCAGGGGGUGGAGGAGAAGGCAGAAUGCAAAGGAAUCGAAAAUCCUGCUUUGGAGAUACCGACUUACGCGUUGGCCGUUCCGUUUACGCCGUCCAUCAAUCAUAGGAUCAAUUUUCAGGAACUUUCUGCCAACGCACUGACACCAUGCCAAAUGCUUGCCAAAAACUUGGUUUUCAGUCCGGAACCCAGUCAGGACAAUCUGGUGACGCCCAAGAGAGCCGUUGCGGCUUCGAACCGCAAAUCACUUUCGGUUAUCGAUGAAGAACCAUUGGAUAUUGGGGAAGAGUUGGACUGCUAUCAGCUGGAACUGGAGAACAGUAUCAAUGAGGCGAAAGCUCGCAAGCAGAAGAGUGUGGGUGGUUCCACAGGAGCCAGGACGAAGGCUCGACGUAGUUUGAUUGGUGUCAAGCACAUCAGCAACUUAUCGAUGAAGAUGAAGCAACUGGAGGAGUCGGAAGGAGAAGAGGAAGUCGCAGCCAUAACUGAGCAGCCUCCAACACCUCCGACUCCACAGACUCAGAUGACAUUUACCAUUGUCAAAGAGACAACCACAACCGUCCAGGAAGAAAUUCGCAUUAACGUUAGCAAUCCGGACGUCCAAUUCGAAGAAGUCGAUGACUUUGAGGAUGAAGAACAGGACGUAGAUCUCUUCGCCAACCCUGCUCCCUUCCAGCGAGCUUAUCGCAAAAAGGAAGACCCAAAACAAGAAGAUAACUUCAAACAUCCGCCCUUGCCGGAGGUGGCAUCAGGAACGAAGUCCCACAAAGUAAAGGACGUCAUCCGCCGGAGCUUCCGGAAGUUGAUGCACCCCAAGCAACAGCACCAUGAUCAGGUUCAGAUCACCGAUUUGGACGAGAAACCCAAAUCGGAAGAGGGUCACCACGGAUUUAUUUCCACCAUUCGCCACAGUUUUCGCCGGAAGGUCCAUAAGACAAAAGAUCCGCAACAGAAAGAUGAGGAUGGAGAGGCUGAAAAGGUGCUGGACAUGUCGGUUAUAGUGGAGGCACCGAGAGCAGUGUUUCGGCAACCCAGCGCCGAUGAGUACAGAACGAUUGUGCCGGGUGGAUCAAUGGAUAAGGUGGGAUCGACGCUGCGCAGCAGCUUGCGCCGGUCGACCAAGGAUAUGAAGAAGCAGAUGAUGAAGAAUGUGUUCAAGAAGGCCGGUGAGGAGUAGGAGUGAUACUCAUUAGGGUUUUUUUAAAUAGCUAUUGGAGGUAAGUUGGCAACAGUUUCAACCCAAAACAUCAUUAAUAUUUCAUAAGAAACAUUUAUAUUUAAUCCAAAGAUCCUCAAAAUUGCACCAAAUCCAAAACUUAAGUAUACCAAAUUUCAACCAAUGAUUCUCAUCAUAUUUAUUUUUAUUUAUUGGAGUUCAUCCAAUCUGAAUUUCGUUCGUUUUUAUUGUAAGUUAGUUGAUUUCU